CCUCCCGUCGCCCCCACCAUGGACGUGGUGUUCUCGUCCGAGCAGGUGGCCUGCAUGUGCGAGGUGCUGCUGCAGGCCGGGAGCAUGGACCGCCUCACCUCCUUCCUGCACAGCCUGGCGCCGUCGUCGUCGGCGUCGUCGGCGCUGGAGAGCGUGCUGAAGGCGCGCGCCGUGGUGGCCUUCCACCAGGGCCGCUACGCCGACCUCUACGGCCUGCUGGAGGCCCGCCCCUUCUCGCCGCACUGCCACGCCCCGCUGCAGCAGCUGUGGCUGCGGGCGCACUACGCCGAGGCCGAGAGGCAGCGCGGGCGCCCGCUCGGCGCCGUCGGGAAGUACCGCAUCAGGAGGAAGUUCCCCCUGCCCGCCACCAUCUGGGACGGGGAGCAGACCAGCUACUGCUUCAAGGAGAAGUCGCGCCACGUGCUGCGGGAGUGGUACCACUACAAGGCGUACCCCUCGACCCGCGAGAAGCGGGAGCUGGCCACGGCCACGGGGCUGACCGUCACGCAGGUCAGCAACUGGUUCAAGAACCGCCGGCAGAGAGACCGUAGCGCCAGCGGGCCAGACAGUUUUUACACACUUUGCCCGAACGGAGGCUUGGAGGGAAGUCUAUCGGACAUCUGA